AUUUUAAAACAAAAAUCCGGUAAAAAAAAUAGUUUUCUAUACGUUCGAUGCUUGAUUGAAUGGCCUAUAAUUGAGUUAUGAAUUAAUGAACUUACUUUUGAACAAGUAGUGUACAGUUCUUUUUACAAUUUGUAAAUUAUUCGUUUCAGACUACUUUAAUAAUAAAGUCAUACAAACUCAUAGUUCCGCGCCAAAGAUAAUCAACCACGUUACUCAAAAUACAAUUGGUAAAAUUUGCAACCUAUGUCUAAGAAUCUCGAUGCAUUACUAUCUGUUAGGUAAAAUAUUUAAUUGAUUAUAAGUCGUCAAUAAUAAAUAAAUUCGCUAUAUGAAAUCGUCAUGUUCCUAAAAAUACAAGUCAAACAAUUGUAGCCGGAAAAAGGAUCCAUUCGCCAUUUUGCAUGCACAGAAUGAGUGCGCGUCAUUCAAACAUUCUAGACAUAAUAUAUAUUAUACUUCCGGCCGGUUACAACAUGCGCAAACGAUACAAACGGUGGAGGGGCAUAUAGGUAUACAGCCAGGGCAGCGUAUGACAGUCAAUCAUUGUUGAUGACGGUCAUGCAACAUAAAACCGUUCUUAUUAUACAAUAUACUUUAUCGUAUCUUUUGCAGACAUCACCCUCAACAGAAAAAAAUAUUGCUGACGAAUCUCUCCGUAAAUCAACGGUGUACUUUUUGGGAAGGUGACUUGAUCGAGAAAUAUCAUUAGAGCAGCUGCAUAAAACGAAAAAGUUGAGAGAGAGAAAAAGGGGGGGAACGGUUUCGGUAGACCGGGCAGCGGUGUAACGUGAAUGGCCGCUGCUGCGCCACACGUAUAACACACAUACAACGUACAUUAUCCGUUGUGCGGAGGUGAAGGCGAGAGUGGCAGCAUUACACAACGUAACUAGUACUGAUCGUUGGCUAGUGCGAGAGAAUUGUUCGGGUGUGCGGUGACCUGUUAGGAAGUAUCAGUUAGUCAAGUCACUCAUGAAUUGAUGCUGUUACCAUGUCGAACGUUACAACAAUAAAGUUAGAAGGGAACCCUGAGUCUGUAACAGAGAUUCAAACAUAUCUUGAAUCUUUCAAUAAAGAAAUAGAAGGCCAGGUAGAUGGGAUACAACACACAGUUCAAUUGCAACAAGUUGAGGGCCUUACAGGAGAGGAUGGUGGAACAUACUUUGUUGAUCAAACAGGUCAAUAUUAUUAUCAGGCCAGUGGAGAGGACACACCAGUUCUCACUCAAGUGCAGAUACAAGAGGUGAGCGAAGGAGGAGAAGAUGGUUCUCAAGAAGAUCAGUACACAGAAAUUGAACAGCUGCAAAGUGGGGAUACAGAUCAUGUUGUUGAUCAAAAAACAGAUGAACAGAUGGUCCUGAACUCGGGUGAAGCAUAUCAAACAGUGACAAUUGUGCCAUCAGACUCCAAUCCUGGAGAAGUUAGUUAUGUAUUAAUAGUUCAACAACCUGAAGGAGAAGGAAAGACCGAUGGUAAAACAGAGAAUGAAAAUGGUGAGGGAGAAGAUGGAGAACAAGAUCUCACUGUGUAUGAUUUCGAAGACAAUGAAGAUAAUGAAGCAGCCGUCGAGUCUGAGAAUGAAGAUGACAAAAAUAAAAUCAUUAAGUUCAUUCCUAAGAAAUCACAAACUGUUACUCAAGCUCACAUGUGCAACUACUGUAACUACACAAGUCCAAAGCGUUAUCUUCUGUCUCGUCACAUGAAAUCUCAUUCAGAAGAAAGACCUCAUAAGUGUAGUGUCUGUGAAAGAGGCUUCAAAACUCUGGCUUCCCUUCAAAAUCACGUUAAUACGCACACUGGGACCAAGCCGCAUAAUUGUAAAUUCUGCGAUAGCGCUUUCACUACGUCAGGUGAGCUUGUAAGGCAUGUUAGGUAUAGACACACUCAUGAAAAACCACACAAAUGUCACGAAUGUGAUUAUGCAUCUGUUGAGCUGUCAAAACUUAAACGACACAUUCGGUGUCAUACUGGAGAACGGCCAUAUCAAUGUCCACAUUGUACAUAUGCAAGUCCUGAUACAUUUAAGUUGAAACGACAUUUGCGUAUACAUACGGGGGAGAAGCCAUACGAAUGUGAUAUUUGUAAUGCAAGAUUCACUCAAUCCAACAGUUUAAAGGCCCACAAACUUGUUCAUAAUGUUGGAGAUAAACCAGUAUUUCAGUGUGAGCUCUGCCCAACAACUUGCGGUAGAAAAACAGAUCUUAGGAUUCACGUUCAAAAGUUACAUACUUCUGACAAACCUUUGAAAUGUAAGCGUUGUGGCAAAACAUUCCCAGAUAGGUACAGUUACAAGUUGCACAGCAAAACGCAUGAAGGUGAAAAAUGCUACAAAUGCGAUCUUUGCCCUUACGCUUCAAUAUCUGCACGUCAUUUGGAGAGUCAUAUGCUCAUCCAUACGGAUCAGAAACCUUACCAGUGUGAUCAUUGCUAUCAGUCCUUCAGACAGAAACAACUUUUGAAGAGACAUUGCAAUCUUUACCACAAUCCUACUUAUGUCCCACCACCUCCGCAAGAGAAAACUCACCAGUGUCCAGAAUGUGAAAAGCCAUUCAGGCAUAAAGGAAAUCUUAUUCGCCAUAUGGCCGUUCAUGAUCCCGAAUCGUCGCUGCAAGAAAAGCAACAAGCGCUAAAAAUGGGCAGGCAAAAGAAGAUACAAAUUAUUGAUGGCCAAAGAGUUGAAGUUAUAGCAGGUCCUAUAGCUUCUAAACUUAAAGGUUACGACGAUGAAGAGGACGAGGAAGAAGAAGAGGAAGAAGAAGACGAGGAGGAAGAGGAAGAUGAUGUCAUGGCAGUUGAAGGAAGUGACGGACAGCAGUAUGUUGUACUCGAAGUCAUCCAAUUACCAGAUAAUCAAUCUUCUGAUCAGGUGGCUGUUGUGGCAAAUGAAGAUGGCGAGUUAGUAAUGCAAGAUCCACUUAGUCAAGAAAGUGGAAUUGUCACAGAAGCAGGAGAUGAUAUGAUGGAGCACGAUUCUGACCAGAUUGUGGGAACUUUAAAACUUGAAGAUGUUUCUAAUUCCAAGACUAGUAAUUCAAAAUUGCAAAAAGACAUGGAAACAUGUUUUGGCUUUGAUGAAGAUGAAGAAGAGGAGGAAAGUGGAGAUAUUCCGAUACUGCAGGGUAUUUCGUAAUAACAACAAUUUUUCAAAAAUGCUGUAUGCAUUAUAGUAAAAUUUUGUUCUUUGCACAUACAUAUUCGAGGAGAAAUAUCCCAAGUUAUACAAUUUUAAAAAGUUGUAAAAUUUUUCUUUUGUCUAUAUAUGUAUGUAAUUUACAUGAAUAUGUAAACUGCUGUGAGUUUUAUUUACGUGUUAUUGCUAUUAUGAAGACAAUUAUAAAUAAUUUAUGAAUCGAAAAUUAAUUAUUACAAUUAAUUUCUUAAUAAAAGUACUACAAAUGUAGUUGGAAAUGAAAAAUUGCAUUAACUGUAAAUAAUUCUCUGCUUUCUAAUGACUGGCAUUUCUCUUCACUCUAAACUAAGAGCAUUGUAAACAUUUUAUUGUAUAUUUAUUGCUAAUACGCAAUGAAAAAUAUUUCUCGAUAUCUCGAGAGAGAACAACUUUAAUUAUGUAAAAUAUAAGUUUUUCAAUUUUAAAAUAAUGCGUCUUCAAAUAAAAAAUAAUGCGUUUGAAAAGUUAUAAAUAAUUAACUGGAUAAGUGUGUAACAUUAGUUUUGACAUUCUAGAUAAAAAAUAUUUACUAACAACACUAGCAAACGUAAUAUUUGCAGUGAAUAAUAUACAGAUUACUGAAAUUACUGAAACAUUACAUCCGAGUGUAAGAAGAGAGUGUUGAAUUAAAUUUGAAGAUAGUUAAAUAUUUAAUAGAUCACUAAAUGCGAAAUCCAGUUAAUAUCACAGUCUUUGUCAUUGUAAUAUAGUGAAAUUUCAAAUGCUGAAUGUAUUCACAAUCAUGCAUAGCAAUUAUAAUGUCCUCUCCAUCAUUGCAUAUGCAAAUAGCAUUGUAUAUAAGCUUUUUAUUAUUUACUUGCUUAUUAUUUUGAUUUAAACUAUUUAAAAAUGUAAAAGUGUCAUACAACUGAAUGAAUGAUUUCUAGGCAAUGGAGAUUUUACGAUUGAUUUAUAUAUAAAUCAAUUUUCUGUAUUCUCAUGAAUAAAAAGAUUCCCAGAGUAUUGAACUGUUUACUAUUUGAAUUUUGUACACUAAUGAAGUUAUACUGUAAUAAGUAAACAAAAAAGAAAUCAUGAAGUAAAUGUGUGCACAUAAUAAUUUUUUUUUCUUCAAAAUAAAAAUAUUUUAUUGAAAAUGACAUACAACUUUUAUUAAGUCGACGCGUGGACUUCUAAUAUCAAUCAAUUAUAUUUUGUAAAUUGAAAUCAAACUUAUCUUAUUAAUUUAACAAAAAAUGAUUUAUUUUUUAUUUUUGAAGUCAGUUUGGAACUAUUUGUGUGAAUGAUACACAAAUAAAUAUUAUUUUUUAUUUAUAGCAAAAAUAUUUUAUAUUUAUGUUUUUUACAUAAAUAAAUGUGAAAUUGAUUAAAUAUUAUAUACUUAUCAAGAACAUAUAACUACUUAAUUAUUUAAAUGGACAUUAGCUGUUUUCUGUUGGUGAAUUUUUGCGACAGGAAGCGUUUGCUGUAUCUUGUAAAAAGUGUACAAGUGUUUUUACACAUAGAAUAUACUGAUUGAAAACGCUGUAUAAUUGUAAUUUAGUCGAUAAAUUCGCUAUCGGAUAUUAUUCUGAUGUUGUAUACUUUUCGCGCUGUUCCAAAGAUAAAAACAGUGUAGCAUUUUCUUCAUAAUAAACGCUAA